AAUGUUGGGAAGUGAGGAGGAUGAGAGGAGAGAGUUAGCCCGGAGUCCUGAGAUUGAAGAUAUUCCCGAAAAGAUUGAACAUAUUAACUCUUUACCAUCGAAAAACUUUUAUAUACAAUCGAGCCCCAGUUUGAAGAGAGUACAGAGUGACGUAGGACGUCCAUUAUUCACGAGUACACCUUAUUCUGGAAACGCAUCUGCUACCCAUUCGGUAACGAGCGAUUCUAAGCCACCGCCACCUCCCCCACCGUACGAAGAAGUUGAAAAAGAUCCGUACUUGAAACGAUUAGCUCGAGAAGAAACAAUAACAACCAGAUCAACAACGUCAGCCGCUUCAAUAACUAUUACAAGCGACGCUAGUGUUACCUCAUCAAGGGGAAUGACGGACGAGUCAGAGGAAGAGAGUCGGCGUAGACGCCUUCCCAUCGAUCGUUCCUACUUUAUAGCAAAAGAAUUACUUAUGACAGAGCGUACUUAUAAAAAAGAUUUAGAAGUAUUGACUGUGUUCCUACGAAACUCACUUAGUCGAGACGAUGAAGACUUAUUACCCCCAUCUUUAGCCGAUACACUGUUUUGCCGUAUAGACCAGAUAUAUGAAUUUCAUUGCGCUCUCCUUAUUGAAAUAGAACAAAGGGUAGCCCAAUGGGAAGGAAAAAAUGGACAACCUUCAGAUCCGAUUUUUCAUAGGAUUGGUGACAUAAUAUUAAAAAAUUGUACCUUCCUGCAAUACUAUACAGACUACUUGGAGCAUCAUGAUGAUAUUUUAACUGAAUUGGAAUUAGCUUGCCGUAGGAAUAAGAAAUUCGAAGUCGCUAUUCGCGAAUUUGAAAUGGAAAAAGUUUGCUAUUUACCUUUGCAUGCAUUUUUGCUCAAACCGGUUCAAAGACUGCAACAUUAUUUAAUUGUAUUUAAAGAACUUGUUGAUCAUUACGACGACGAGCAUAUAGAUAAAAAGGACUGCCAGAUGUGUUUGUCAAAGAUAUCAAGUAUUUUCCAACCGUAUCAGGAUCAGUUACGACAUUUGGAGAAUGUACAGAAAUUAAUUGAACUACAAAGAGAGAUGACUGGCAUUGAUGGAUUGGCUACGGCCAGCAGGCAAUUUGUCAGAGAAGGUUGUCUGCAAAAAUUAUCUAGAAAAGGCUAUCAACAACGAAUGUUCUUCUUGUUUUCCGAUAUGCUAGUCUACGCUAGUAGAACGUCUACUCCCGUUCUACAAUUUAAAGUUCACGGCCAAUUACCCUUAAAAGGAAUGAAAAUAGAGGAAGCAGAAGAGCGAAUGGGUAUAUCUAACAGUUUUACUAUAUACGGUGGAAGCAGAAGUUUAUUAGUUGCGGCGGGGUCGAAAGAAGAAAAGGACAAAUGGUCCGAAGAUCUGAAAAAAUCGAUAAACCAAUCACAGCAACGCGAAGAUGAUAAUUCAAUAAGAUAUCCUAGUUUAAAAAGUAAUAGUUCUUCGGAUAACUUAGAGGAGAACCAAGAUCACUUACCAUUUCCCCUUCAAGAUAAACAAGGUCAACACAGAGCUAAUACUACGAUGCACGUUUGCUGGCACAGAAACUCUUCAGUUAGCAUGACUGAUUUACAUAUUGCUUAUGCGGACGACUACCCUUUGGCAAGUUUACCUCUUAUUGGGUAUACGAUUUGUGAACCGUCCGAGACAGAUAAUAUUCAAAAAGAUUAUGUGUUUAAGCUGCAAUUUAAAAAUCACGUAUAUUUCUUCAGAGCUGAAUCUCAAUAUACGUUUCAUAGAUGGAUGCAAGUAAUUUUCAAUUCAACUAGAAAUACAAGUAGAAAGCGAAUAGAUGAUGGUCACUAA